UCACUCAUUACGACUAUUCGUUUCUGUCCGUCUCUUAUACCUUUUCGCAUCUGUGUCUAUGUGUGUGUGUGAGUUUGAUUGUGACAUAGAAACCAACUAAGAAGUGUGUGGCAAUUCAUGCUGCGCGUCUCAUGGACAAAGCAUAUUCACAUUUACAUAUCCACAGGCGAACACACAAAAACACACACACACACAUACUCACAGUUGUAUGCUUAUAUAUCUUGCUUGCUCUUAUUGGCUGCAUAUGGUUUUCCAUUUCAGCACUCAGCACUCAACAUUCACACAGACACACACAUGCAUAUAUAUGCACAUUCCCAACAACAUUUUGCACCAACUGACGCACACAAUUUCCCCCAAAUGCACACACGCACACAAACGCACACGCACACAGAGCUUGCAAAAGAUCUAUCGCAUGUAAUGAAAACGGGCGCAACUUAGCCUCACGUCUGUCGUCGCCGCCGCCGUCGCCGUCGCCUUCUCUUCUAUCUCUUCCUUCUCUUCCUCUGCUUCCCACACCGCUUCCUUCUUCUAACCAUGCCGUGUGCCCAAUUCGCACAUAGACAGCGUGCUUUAUGUGCGUGUGUGUGUGUGUGUCAGUGUGCAAAAAUGCUCGAAAUUGUGCCUGCAAACACAAACACCCGCAACUGCAACUGCUGCUGUUGCUGCUACUGCAACUGCAACUGUGGUGCAAUAAACGCAACGCAUAUUGCGUCGGCGUUGACGUCGCCGUCAACGUUGGCGUUGGAUGCGCUGAGUGUUGAGCUGGAUGCCCGGAUGGUGGCGACAGUCCGAGGUCGCCGCAUAGAUGGCCGAAGCAGGGAUAAGCACAGCAGCCAGCGGCAUGGAGCUGGCCCUCAAAGACACCAAUCACAAUGUGGCUGGCCUAAUCGUGGACAUGACCCCGACGACGGCCGCCCUGCUGCACCACAAUGCGCUGGCGCUGCGCAGCCUGAAGGAGGCGGCCAACGAGACGGAUCUGCAGGAGUCGCCGCGUUCACUGGCCACGACACCGACGCCGACGCCAACAAAUCUGAGCACGGCGCCCCACUCGCCGCCCAUGACAUUCCGUUGCGAACGCUGCGAGAACUUUGAGACGAGCUCGCGGGCGUCGCUGCUGCUGCACGUGGUGCAGUGCCUGGCCGGGCAGGUGGUGGCGGUGCGGCUGAAGAGCGAGCAGAGCGACGAGCCGGAGAACAUGAGCGUCAGUCACAUGGACAGCUGCAAGCAGGAGCUGGCCACAACAGAGGCAUCUGCUGCAUCGGCCGCGGCAGCGGCUGCGGCAGCAGCAGCGGCAGCGGCGUCAGCGUCAGCAUCGGGAACUGGCGCCGGCUCGAGCUCCUCGGCCAGCUCCUCGCCGGCGGGCAACUCGUCGUCGUCGUCGUCGCGCAAGGUCUUCGAGUGCGACGUGUGCAACAUGAAGUUCUCCAACGGCGCCAACAUGCGCCGCCACAAGAUGCGGCACACGGGCGUCAAGCCGUACGAGUGCCGCGUCUGCCAGAAGCGCUUCUUCCGCAAGGAUCACCUGGCGGAGCACUUUACGACGCACACGAAAACGCUGCCCUAUCACUGUCCCAUCUGCAAUCGCGGAUUCCAGCGCCAGAUCGCGAUGCGCGCCCACUUCCAGAACGAGCACGUGGGCCAGCACGAUCUGGUCAAGACGUGUCCGUUGUGCAGCUAUCGCGCCGGCUCCAUGAAGUCCCUGAGGAUACAUUUCUUCAAUCGGCAUGGCAUCGACCUGGACAAUCCGGGUCCGGGUGGCACCUCCUCGCUGCUGCUGGCCCUCGAAUCGCAGGCGUCGGCGGCGGCCGCAGCAGCGGCAGCGGCAGCAGCGGCCGCAAGCUAUGCACAGCCCCAGGUGGGUCAGGUGGGUCAGCCGACGCUGGCGCCGGCCCAGGUGGGGCAAUCGCAGGUGGCGGCCAGCCAUCAGAGCGAUAGCGGUGAAUCGAUGCGAUCGUUGGAGAAUGCCACGCCUCCCAUGCACUUUCUGACGCCCCACGUGGAGAUCUCAACGCUCAGCGAGAGCGGCAAUACGGAGCUGUUCAAUGGCAACAACAACAACAACAAUAACAACAACACAAAUACCAACAACAACAACCACUGCAGCAACAGCAACAACAACAACAACAACAACAACAGUAGCUCAACUGAACCGGAUUCAAAGGAACAUUCACUGCUCCUCGCCCCCCAAGAGCUGCCGAUGGACUGCAAGGCCACGCCCAUCACAUCGAGCAGCGGCUCUAACAAGAGCCACGCCCAUCUGCAUCAUCAGCUUCCACACCAUCAUCAUCACCAUCAUCACGAGAAUCACAUAACGCCUUCGAUUAGUCUAAUACCCAUCAAACAGGAGCCGGUGUCGCUGGAGGAGGCGGCGGCGGACAAGAAGGAGUCGCUGAAUGGUGAUGCCAAUAGCGAUACGGAAAGUGCUGCCAAUAACAACAACAACAACAACAACAGCAGCAGCAAUAACAACAACAACAACAAUUGCAGCAGCAACAACAACAACAACAACAGAGUCACCUCAUUGAUCAAGGUUUCGCCCUUGAAGUCACUUCUGCGUGAGGAUCUGAAGCGUCGCAUUUGCGCCAAGGCCAACAAUCGCAUCACCCGGAAUGCCACGCCGCUGGAGCACGAGCUGCAGCAGACGAUGCUGAAUGGGGCGGGCGGUGGUGCGAGUGGCGCCUCGGUGGGUGGCAGCACGGCCAGCACGCCCACAACGCCAGCGGGCGGCACACACAACGGCAGCCAGAGCUCCACGCCCAUUUGCAAUGGGACGAUCACGUCGUCCGGGCAGGAGAGCGACCUCCAGCUGAAUCGGAAACUGAUUCUCACCUGCCAUUUCUGUGGCAUCGAGUUCCCCGACGAGACGCUCUACUUCCUGCACAAGGGCUGCCACUGCGAGAGCAAUCCCUGGAAGUGCAACAUCUGCGGGGAGCAGCUCAACAAUGUGUACGAGUUCAAUGCGCAUCUGCUUAGCAAGAGCCAUCAAUAGCAGCCACAGUUUGGCAGCCACUGACACAGUUUGGCAGCCAAUUAGUUGAAUAGUAGACGUAAUAAGGAAAGAUAUAUACAUACAUACAUACAUAUAUAUGUAUAUAUAUGUAUACAGAAUUGCAUAUAUAUACAGUUUGACAGCCACUGAUGCAGAAGACGUAGAUAUAUCCAAACGUUGACAGUUUGAGUGCAAUUGACAGCUUACGAUAAAUCUAGACAAAUAUGGGCAGAGGUACACGUAUAGUAAACAACAGUUUGACAGUCACUGACAAAGAAUAUGCAACCAAAAUAGAAUAAACGCUUAUCUUAUGUUACAGUUUAACAGCCACUGACAGUCAUCUUCUAUGUAGAGGCAGAAGCAAAGAGAUAGAUCCAAGGCAAGAAUUUGGCAUGCGCUACAGUUUGACAUUCACUGACAGCUGACACUCAACUUAACAGAAUCUUCCAUAUUUUAAGCAGAUAUUAAUCGGCUCUAUAUAAAGAAAUUCUAGAAAAAACGUAGCUGGCACUGCAGUUUGACAGCCACUGACAAACGAUAUAUCUAACAGCUCAAUAAAGGCGGCAUCAGUGCAAAAGAAGAAGAACAAGCAGCAAAGGGUGAAGAAAUCAAUAAAUAAUACACGCUAGUUUAAAAGUUUAUUAAAAAUAAAACAAAAAAACAAAAAUGUUUAUACAACAUAAAAAAAAAAAAAAAUACAAGAAACAAUGAGAGCUACGUAGUUACCUAAUCCCACACAAACAAGAAGAAGAAGAAGAGCAGCAGCAGCAGCUGAGAAGAAAAGUUGAGCAAACUCACAGUUUGAGAGUUCUUCAAAAGAGUUAUCAAUAGAGUUGAUAGGAAGAACUAGAAAAAGUUAUAAAACCCAUGCGUAAAUCCUGUUAUGUAGUCUUAAUUAAAGCAAAUUUUUUAGUCUAUAGUCGAGUGUAGGAAAGAAAAA